GCUCGUUCGCCAUUGGCUCCGCUCGAGGUUGCGCACGCAUUGACGUGUGCAAGCCUUGCGCGUCGUACGGCCGCCGCAGCCAGCUUCUGUUCCGGCAGCCGUGUUGCUGGUGUCGGGAUGAUGGUCCCGGCUGGCCUAUGGGCUGCCAGGACUGGGCCAAAGAAGAGCCGGAGAGGCUGCCUGUAGGGGGCGGUCUCUACGCUCAGGUCUCUCCCCCUGCCCUCUCCCUGAGGGCUGAGCGGGGCCAGGUUCCCUCUGCCGUCCUGGCAGACCAUCUUAAAUUAUGUGGAAAUGGGGCAGUGGUGAUGAUUCAGCCAUUACAUCUAGAGCUCAUGGGACUUCCAAAGCAGCAAGCAUGUCAGUGGCCGAUUUGACCGAACAGCUGGCCGAAACUAAACAACUGGUAGUACAGCUUAAGGAACUUGUAAAGGAAAAGGAUAAUGAGCUAUGCAAUUAUAAGCAACAGUUAAAGGAAGAAAAAGAAGCCUUUGAAGCCAAGAUUUCCAAAUUAAAGCUACAAAACAAAGCCAAAGUAGCAUCAUUAAAUUCACAAUUAGAGGAACUUAAGAAGCAGUUAUCAGAAGCUGGUACACAGGAAGGAAAUCUAGAACAAAAAAAAGAGUGUAGAGAUGGUGAUCAGCAUAAUGCUGCUGCAAGUCGUGGAAAAAUAUUGGUACUUAAAAAGAAAAUAGAAGAAUUAGAAACCCAAAAUGCUCAAAAGGAUGAAGAACUACAGAAAAAGAUUGCUGAACUGGAUGCUGCCCAUCUUCGAGGGGCUGAAAUGGAUGGCAUGCUUGCUGAGAAACAAAAGAAACUGGCUGAAAAAGAAGCCUUUAUAAUUGAUUUACAGUUAUAUGGUGGAUUAGCUAAUGAUGCCAAAGAAGUACUCAUCCAUAACAGUGAAUUAAAGAAUCAGGUUUCUACAAAGGAGGCCUCCCUGCAGAGUAUGGAAAUUCUGGUUCAGAACCUGACAAAGAAAAUUGGAGACAGUGAAGAAAGAUGUAGCCUUCUCCAAGAACAGGUUGAAAAGCUGAACAUUCUUCAGAACAAAGAGAAAGAGCACUUCCAGGAAAGAGAAGCCAUGUAUACUCAAAAUAUCCGUAUGUUUCAAAACAUUAUCCAAGAAAAAGAAAAAGAGUUGGUGGAAAUAGCCCAGAGACACGAACAAGAACUGUUUAAGCUGGCUGCCAAAUCUGACGCUAGUGCUGAUUUAGAGCAGUUACUGAAGGCCUUAAAGCAGAAACUGCAUGAGAAAGAGGAGGUCAUGCUAGGAAGGACGCAAGUAAUAGUCAUGCUGCAACAAGAACUGGAUGGCAAAGAUCAGCAACUAAAGGAAAUUAAUGAAACCUUGAUACGACUUCAAUCAGAGAAAGAUAACCUCCAGUCCAAAUUGGAUGCUGAAAAGCAUGUAAUGAGAAUCCAGCUGAAAGACAUGAUGGAGAAACAUGAGACAGAAAUGAAAAAAGUUGAAGAGAAACAUAAUGCUGACCUGCAGGCAAUCCAAGAGAAACAUGAAACUGAGCUGCAAGAAAAAGACCAAGCCCUGCUUCAGCUUCAGAAACAAGCAGCCAAAUUAAGUACCAGUGGACAGAGUAAUUUGGAACAAACUAUUGAUAUAGAUUCUGUAAUUAAACAGAAGCUGGACCAACUAGAAGCUGAAGCAAGACUUAAAUCGGAAGAGGCCAGAAAAUCUGAAGCUAAAUUCCUCAAAAUGAAAGCUUGGUCCAAAUCCAGAAUCAAACAGCUUGAAGAUGAACUAAAAAAUGUUACUUCCAAGAAUAACGAUGUAACUGCUUUACGUAACCAAAUUUUGGAACUGGAAAGGAAAAAGGAAGACCUACAGUCUACACUACAAGCAUUUUCUGAACUUAAAACUCAAAAUGAAGAAUUGCUGACUAAGCUGGAAGUUUAUGAAGAACAGCAGCGAAAAUUGCAAGCUGACCUUGAACAAGUUACAAAGAGGGCAGCUUCACAGGCUAGUGAGUCAGGCAGUGUGGAUGAACUACAGAGUCAGCUUUUGGAAUGGCAAGAAAUUGUUCCUGAAUGUGAGGAUGUGCACAGUCAAAUCAGAGAAGAGAAAUCUGCUAUGGCUCUCAGAAUGGCACAAAUUGAAGAGGAAAGAGAAGGACUGAUUGAGGAUGACUGGUUUUUUCCUGGCUGCUCUGAUCCAGCCAUAGUCUCAGGGCAGCAGGAGCUGGAGGAGGAACUGGCUAGAGGUCAAGGGAUUGGCAGGAUGCAUCCAGAGAGAAGAAAGAGUACUCAGCUCGGCAGGAAACCUCAGGAAGAUUAUGGCUUCGAUGGAAAACAGUGCUAUGAAGAUCUGAAUAUCACACUGGAUAGCACUGAUUCAGCUGAAGGAGAGAAUAUGGGAGGUUGGUGGCCAGAGUACACUUCCCCUAGUGCAGGCUUACGGACUGUAGUUGAAGAGCUGGAAUUGGAAAGAAAUCAUCUGCAAGAACAAAUUCUGUUCCUGGAGGAACGUUGUCAAGGCUUGGAAGACAGAUUGCAGCUCCAAGGCAGAAUGGAAGCUCUACAGGUGGCAUUUGGUGUAGAGGAAGAAGGGCAACUAUUGAGGGCUGUACAGAAUGAAAAUGACCGUUUGCAGUCUCAGCUUACGCAGCUGCGCAGCCAGCAAGCACGUGAGGCAGAAAAACACCUAGUUCUUAUUUCCAAUUUGAAUGAACAACUUAAAGGGUUAAAUGAAAGAAAUGCCUUGCUUGAAACUUUGCUCGGGGAGAAGGAGCAACAGCUUUUGAUCACAGCAGAAAAGGUUGAACAUGUAGAAGACCUGAGAAAGUCACUUCAAGAGAAAGAAACUCUAAACAAGGAACUGACUGAAAGACUUUUGCACAUGGAACAAAAGCUGGAAAAUACCUUGAAGAAAUGCAGUACUUAUGAAGUAGAAUGCACAGAACAAAAAUUGGUGAUCAGUGAUCUAACAGAGAAAAUGGCUGCCUUGAAAGAAAAGAGCUUGAAGCAGGAUGCUGCUAUGGAAGCAAUGCAGAUUGAUCUUGAUCAGACAAAUGAAGAACUUGACAGAUUGAAUACAAGCCAUUUAGAUGAAAGAUCUCAACUCAUUCAAGACCUCCAGAGACACGAAAGAGAAAUUGACAAUCUAAAAGAAGUUUUACUUGAGAAAGACAAAGAAAUUUUUGCUCUUUCUUCUAGUAUGACUGAAUAUUCUGAACAGAUUAAUAUUCUGAAAUGUCAGAUCCAGUACAAAGAGAAUGAAGUACGAGAGAUGGAAGAAGCACGAACCAAGGCUGAAAGGGAAGCCCAGUUGUUGAAAGAUGUACAAACAGCAGACAUGAAAGAUGCAAGCACAAAAAUUUCAGCACUUUCCCAUCAGUUUAAUGCAAUAGAAUCAGAACUGUCAAAGAUGAAAGUUGAGAAUGUGGCUAAAACCAAAGAAAAUGAAGAACUUGUUCGGCAAAUCCAAGAGACCAGCAAAACAAUUAAAAAUCUCCAUUCUGACAUCAAGACCCGAGAUGUAACAUAUAACAGCAAACUCAUGGAAUGUGAGUCACAAAUUAAAUUGCUUAAAGAACAAGUAAGUAAAUCAUCUGAAAAGCUGCAAGAAGCUGAGAGAAAAUACAGGAAGGAAACCGAUUAUCUCAAAUCCCAACUUGAUGAACAUAUUUCUGCAAAGGAAAAACUGCAUACUUUGCUGGAAGAGAGAGAGAACACAGAGCAAAUUUUUGUGAAUGAACUGAAAUCUGUGAAGGAUUUGUAUAAUCAGCUAAUUUUAGAAAAUGCUAAGAAAGAUGAAGAAUUGGCUAAUCUCUCCAGACAACUUGCAGAACAUACUGAGCAUCUAGAAAUCACCAGGAGGUCUUUACAAGAAAAAUCAGAGUUUAUAAUUUCAUUGCAAGACACAAUUAAAGAUUUAGAACAGCAAAAGGAAAAGGAAAUAUUUAAGUUAGCUGAAGAGCUGGAUGUGAAAGAAAAACAGUGUAAAGAACUUAAUAGUGAGUUACAUAAAAAGCACAAAAUAAUUAAUAAAAUGAAAUCAGAAAUAGAAAACAACACCCUAGCCAGUAAGAAUUUGCAAACAGUUCUUGAGCAGAAAGAAAAAGAUGUUGUGGACCAACUCAAAGCUAAUGAAGUUCUUAGAAAUGAGAUACAUACCAUGGAGAAGGAGAAGCAGCAGCUCAUCAGUGAGAAUGAAAGUUUGUCAAAAUUACUAGAUGUUAAAGAAUGUGAGUUGUUGAAGCGUACUCAGUCCAUGGCAGAGAUGGACAGCAAGAUGACUGACUGUGCUCUGGAAUUCCAAAAAAGGCUUUCAGAGGUCAACUGUGAUAAAGAAACCUUAAGGAACAAGGUUGAAGAACUCUCAGGCCUUAUCAAGCAAAAAGAAAAUUCAGUUGCUGAGAAGUUGCUGGAGAAGGAAAAAGACUAUAAUGUGUUGACUGAUCAGCUGUUGAAAAGCAGGGAGGUGACAAAGCAAUUAGAAGAAGAAAUUCAGUCAUACAGCACUCAGCUGAAGUGUGCUAAAGACAGAGAGCUGGAGAAAGAAGUGGUGCUAAGUCAGAAAGAGUCAGAAUAUAAUAAAAUGGUCCAACAACUCAAUCAGGAAGAAGGAAGAAUAUUGUCAUUGGAGAAACAUGUUCAAGACUUGGAAAUGGACCUAAAAGUAAAAUGCAAAUCUCUAGAAGAAAAGACUGUGCUUAAUGAUGCUUUGCUUAAGCAAAUAGAAGAAAAGAAAGUCAAUAUGACAGAGUUAGAGAAGCAAAUGGAAAGGUUUCAGGGUGAUUGCAGGCAGUUGUCUCAGCAUGUUGCAGAAAAGGAUUCUGCUCUACAGUAUCAAAGGCUAGAGUUGGAGAAUCUUCACAGGCAGAUUGCAAAGAAAACUGAGGAGUGUGCAGCAUUAAAUGAUCAACUAGCAUUAUUAGGCAAAGAAAUAGAAGCUUUGACAUUUGAAAAGGACAGUGUUUUGGCUAUUUGCAGUACAAAAUCAAGUGAAUGUGAUGCUCUUCAGCAUCAGUUGACACAGCAUCAAAGUGAAAUUAUGUCUGUAAAGCAUGAAAUUCAUAUGCUGAAAUUGGAAAAUGAGAAAUGUAAAACCAAUAUUGAAACAGUCAAUUCUUCCUUAAUGAAAAAAUGUGAAGAGACAGCUGCUUUAAAUGAAGAGCUGUCACAGCAAGCUCAUAGUGUUUCAGUCUUGAAGGGCCAAAUUGAUACUCUGGUCACUGAAACAGAAACACUGAAAAGUAGUGUUCAGAAUAAAGAGGCUCUCCUUUCUCAGAGGGAUGCUUUUAUUCAGCAAAUGAAAGAGAACAAGGAUGCAGGAGAAAGCCAAUAUUUGCAAAUGAUUUCAAAUUUGCAGAGUCAGGUCCAGGUUCUAAGCUGUGAAGCUUGCCAGCUUCAGCAAGCAAUGCAAGGCAAAGAAGGUGAAUUUAAAAAGCAAGGACAAGAAUUAAAAUUGCUUAAAGAUAAAUCCGAGGAGUCUGUUUUGCUUAGAGGUCAAUUAUCUGAACAUAUGGAAAUAAUUUCAGAUCUUCAAAGCCAGUGCAAAACUAUGUUAGAAAAGACAGAAGAAUUAAAUAAGUCAAUUAUACAGAAAGAUGCCUUCUUAAAACAGAAGGAAGAAGAAUGUAUUAAUUUGCAAGCACACAUUUCUGAGUCUUCCUGUGCACACCAGAAACUGGUAGAGUCAUUGACUUCUAAAAUAGAAGAACUGAAAGCAGAUGUUUCUGAAAAAGAAUUGGUGUUAAAUAAUACUUCAUUGCUUAACAGUAAAUUAAAAACUGAACUUCAAGACAUCCAUAUUGAGUAUGAGACUUUGAGGAAGCAAGCUAUAGAUGCAGAAGAACUGAACUUGAAUCUAAAAAAAGAAAUAAGUGACCAGAAAAAAUUAAUAAAUGACAUUAGUGAGACAUUGAUAGGAAAAGUUUCUCUUUUAGAUAAUACCAGUCUAAUUAAUAAACUAAGAGAGGAACUCUAUAUAAAAGAGGAAAAAAUACAGCAGAUUUCUCAGCUUCACAGUCAAAUGAAUGAACUCACUCAGGAAACCCAAAAGUUAAAAGAACUAGCACAAGAGAAAGAAAACGCUUUCUUGUCUUUGCAAGACAAAUUUGCUGAUCAGUAUGAACAAAAAAAUGACCUUAGUGCUACUUUGAGUAAAAAAGAAGAGUUUAUUGCUGACUUACUUAAUUCGUUAGAUCAGAAAGAUAUCAGUGUACACCUAGCAGAAAGCAAUAUUCAUGCUCUUACUAAUGAGAUUGAGUUGCUUAGAGGAGAAUUGGCGAAAAAUGCCAUUUGCUUAAGAAAUCUGUCACAAGAGAAGGACGAAAGUAUUGCACUUAGUCAGAAGAAAAUAGACUCUCUGACAGCUGAUCUAGAUUCUGCAAAAUCAGAAUACCAGAAAGCAUUGGAAGCAGUGGACCUAUGGAAGUUAACUGUACAACAAAGGGAUGUAGCUCUUCAGGUUAUACAGGAAAAAUGCACUGAGCAGGCUAAGCAGAUUGAGUGUUUAAAUUCUGAACUCAGCAUUUUAAAUUCUAAAUCCUCUCAAGAGUACCACCACCACACACUUUCAAUAGAAAAAUUACAACAACAGGUGGAUUCUUUAAUUAAGGACAAAACUUUUUUACAGGAGAACAUUGAAAAACUGAGUUUAGAAAACAAAGACCUGGUUAUAUUGGAGAAACAGUUGCAGGAGAAAUGUAAAAAGCUACAGGAAUUUCAAGAAAAAUUUGAAGACAAAGAAAAUAAAUCACGGAUGCAAAUAGAUGCCAUUACUUCACAACUGAAGAAUGAGAAAGAACAAUUGCAGAUGCAGGUUAGUGUGAAGGGUGAAGAAGUUGGUGAAUUAAAAUUUAAGGUUAAAAAACUAGAACAAAGUCUCUGUGAGUCAGAAAACAAAUGGGUGACAGAACUUGAUAGGGCAACUCAGCAAAAUGCAAUUAAUCUUGAACAACUGAGCAAUUUAGAAAGGGAAAUAAAAUCAAAAGAUGAUCAGAUUCAAUCUGUACACCAAGAACAGGACCUGAUUAAAAAAGAACUGUCUGAACUCCUGUCUGUGUUAACAAGUAGUAGGUAUUUUAUCAAAGACAGUGAUUGUAUUGCUGAUCAGCAAAUAACUGAAAGUAAGUCUCUACUGCAAAAAUUUUCUCCUCUGAUAGCUAGAAUUUUCAGUGAAGAAAGUGCAGCAUCAGCACUGCAAAAGACCCUUUUAGACAGAACCAUGGAAAUACACGAGCUAAAUAAUCAGCUGAAAAGCAUACAGUCCCUGAAGCAAGAGAAAGAAUUGAUGCAGAUUGACUUUGAGAAGGCUAAAGAUGCUCACCAGUCUGAGAUCGAACAUCUGUUAACCAAACUGUGUGUUACCAAGGAGGCAUUAUGUAAUCAGCAGUGUCUCUGCAGAGAAAGGGAAACUGCAUUAACGAACAUGAAGAAAGAGAUUAUUUUUCUUCAAGAAAAGAUUGUUAACUCAGAAAAAGAAUUUGAAAAUGCUCAGGAGGUAAUAAAUACUGAAUGUCAAAGAGUAGCAAAACUUUUAGAAGAAGCAGAGCACAAAAACCAAGUGAUAGACAAUUUAACAUCUCAAGCUAACCAGCAGAAGGAUUUAAUUUCUUCUCUAAGCCAGCAAUUAAAAGAGAAGGAUUGCUCAGUUACUCAGGUCAUGGAAUCCAUGUCUAAUGAAAUGGUAAAAUUUUCUGAAGAGAAAAAUGUACUUAUUGCCAAACUGCAAAAACUGGAAGCCACUCAGAACAGUGCUAUCAAAGAGACAGAUACAUUAUCCCAACAGCUUGCUGAAUGUAAGAAAGAACUUGAACUCUCUCAGUUUGUGCUUGCCGACAAAGAUGCUGUAAUUAAAGAUUUAAUGAGUGAAAAGGAGCAAUUAAAUUUUACUCUGGAAAAAGUGCUUCAGGAAAAAGAGAAUUUGAAAAAGAAACUUCAGGCAGCUUUGAUAAUAAGGAAGGACUUAAUGCAAAAGAUUGGAAAGCUUGAGGAGAAUGGGCGAGAAGAUAUAGAAAGGGAACGUAAAAAAACAAAAGAUUUACUGGAGCAAAUUGAUGAAUUGAUGAAGCAGAGGAAACAUGCUGAAGUUCAAAACAAAGGCCUUGAAGCCCAAGUUGAAGUCCUAAAAGAACAAUUGAUAGAGAAAGAUGACAAGAUAAAAGACAUAAGUGAAAUGUUGGCUGCUAAGGAACUACUUUUGGAGCAGUUCCAGAAAAAUGUUACAGAACUCAAAGAUAGCAUUGCUGAGCAGAAAAACAUGUCUGAUGAGUAUGCGAUAUCUCUACAGGAGAAAGAUGCUCUGGUUGAACAGCUGCAAUCUGCACUCAAUGAGAGAGAAAGAACAUAUAGAAUGGAAUAUUCCCAGCUUGUCUCAACUAUAGAAAAUCUCAAAGCUGAGCUAGCAAAGAAAGAAGAAACAUUCAAGGAAACAAAUGAGGGAGAAGAGACCUUAAAUGCUGAAAGUUCUUGUACUGACACCACACAUCUUUCUGAAAUUAAUCAAGUUAAUCAGUUGCAGAGGGAGAAGAAAAUCCUGCAAAAGAAGCUUCAGGCAUUGCUUGUUGCUCGUAAGGAGAACACUACAAAAAUUCAGAAAGAAAAGGAGGAGCAUGCUAAGCUGUUAGCAAAUUUCAAUCAACAAAUUAAAGACUUUGAGCUAUUAAAAAAAGAACAUAAUGCACUCCAGGAGAUUCAUCAGAUGAAGUGUAAGGAAUUUGACUCCAAUUUGUUGCUUUUAUGUUCUCUGAAGAAAGAGAUGGAGACUGAGGUAGUUCUUCCCUGCAGUGAAAAUGUGGAACAUAAAACACUGGGCUCAAUGGAGCUAAAUAUGAAGGAUCACGCUGUGGUAGAAAAAUCAGAAAAGAUGGUGGCAGUGAAAGAGGCUGAGCUAGCAAAACUCCACAGUAAGUACACUAGGCUUAUGGAAGAAAACAAAGACUUUAAAGAAGAGUUACAAGAUAAGCUGUUGAAAUGUGAAAGGAAUUUAGAGAAUACAGUGAAUCUGAAGAACACUGGUGAACAUCUAAACCAGAAUUAUGAAGAAAACAAAAAUGAUGUGCCAACUGAGAGAGGUCAACUUCAGCAGCAACAGAAAAUACAUGAAAAUGAACUGAUGCAAGUUAAAACUGUGACUGAAAGUGUGAAUAAUGAAAAGGAAAUUUUCCUUAAAAAAAGUGAUCAGCUGGACAGUAAGGAAGAAAUUGAAAGCUUGAAACAUGAAAUUCAACAAGCCAACACACGAAUUGCAGAGAAGAGUGAAGAGAUCCAGUAUUUGCAUCAUUCUCUUAAAGAUCUCAAAGGCGAAUUUGGUCAUGGAAAAGAAAUAAUGAAAGAAGUUUUUAAGUUGCAGCAAAGUUUACAGAAAAGUCAGGAAGAAGCAAAGUAUUUCCAAAUGGUAUUUGAGAAAAUGAGACAUGAAAGAGAAGACUAUAUCAGCAACUUAGAGAAAUCAAAUACAGAAUUACUAAGAAUGAAAGAAGAGUUAAUACAUAGCAGUGAAGAAAAUAAAAAGUUAUUGGUGGAGCUAAAUCUGCUGCAUGAGAAACUUUUACCAGCUUCUAAUGAAGGGAAAAAUGUGGAAGCAUGGGUGGAAAGCAGAAGACAAAAUAACAUGGAAGCUGUAUGCUUACAUUCAGGUAAUCAGAUGCAGGACAGGGUCCAAGAAAAAGACUCAUGUAAAUCACGAGAUGUCACCCAGGAACUGACAGAAAAACACAGAAAUGGAGAUGACCAUCAACCCCAAGAGCAGAAGUAUUCUGCUGAAGAAAAAAACAUUGAACAUCUCCAAAGAAAGCUCCAAGCUGCUUUAAUGUCACGUAAAGAAGCUCUGAAAGAAAAUAAAAUACUGAAAGAUGAAGUGGACUUGCUAAUGACACAAAACAAAGAAUUGGUUAAUAAGGUUCAUGCCCUGGAAAAUACGGUGUCUGACUUGAGCAGAGAAAAGCAAGACAUGACUGCUACUUCUUCACUGUAUAAAGAGAAUGAAACUGUUGUGACAGAAAACGCUAGAUUAUUAGUUGAAAAUGAAAAUUUGAGUGCUGCAUGUGAAAGCCUUAAAUCUACCAUGGAGACUAUAGUCCAAGAGAAGGAAGCUUUUUCUUUUCAGAUGAAUUCUUUAAAAGAUUCUCAGACAGUUGAAUUGACAGGUUGGAAAGCAAAACAUAGUGAAUUGAAACAGGAAUAUGAGUCUUUGCUGCAGGCUUAUGAGAAUAUUAGUAGUAAAAUAGCAGAAAUGAGACAAGUGAUUGAUAUUACAAGAAAAGAAAAGCAAGAUGCCCUUCACCAAGCAAGUGAAGCCAAAUCUGAAAAACAGCAACUUGAGAAGCUGCUUCAAAAAGCAACUGCUGAAAAUGCACAUGUCAGUGACCAACUAAAACAGCUUGUUGAAUCUAAACAGAGGAGAAUUGAUGAACUGCAGACUGAAUCAGAAAGAUGGGCAUCUGAUCAUAAGUUGUGUUUGGAAGCAUAUCAAGAAAAGGCUGUUGAGAACAAGGAACUAAUAAAUGAAAAUGAGCAAUUAAAAGAGAUGUCUGAAGUCUUAAAGCAAACAUUAGAGAAAACUCAGAAUGAAAAUGAGACUCUUUGCAAGGAUUUUAAUCUGACAAAAGCUGCUCUGAAGAAUUUCCAAACAUUGCUGGAAUUGGACAAGCUUGAUGUGCAGUGUGAGUUCAGUGAUACUCCCGGUGUGAGAGAGUCAUUAUUAAAACAUAUCCAUUUGUUAAUUGAAGGGAUUUCAGAGAAGGAGAAAAGUGUACUGAUCUUAAAACAAGAGAACAAACUUAUUUCAAAGAGGUUAAAGGAUCUGGAGGAAUUGCUGUGCCAGAAAGAAAUCUCUUUAUCGAAAUUAGAGAAUGAUGAUAAAAGGCUUAAUCAGGAUAUAGUAAGCCUGAAUGAGAGAAUUAAGAUACUAGAAGACGAUAAAUGUCUGCUACAGGAAGAAUUGGAAAAUGUUCAAGAAACGUCUUACAAAGUGAAAAAUGAGAGAGAAUUUUUGGAGACAGAAUUACUGAAUCAUAUCAAAAAAUUAGAUGAGACAACUGACCAACUGAAAGCAAUGCAGGUACAAAACAGUUUGGUGGUGCAGCAGUUGGAAGAUUUAAGAGUGGAAAACAGCACUGUGAUUAGAGAGAAAGAAGAACAGCAUCUGUAUCUGGUCAAAGUAUUUGAAGGAAAAGUGAAGUCUGCCCAGAGAGACAAUAAUGGGACAAAGAACAAAACCAAAGAGCUGCAGGAACUUUUAAAGGAAAAACAGCAAGAGAUCAACCAGUUGCAAAAAGAUUCUGUUAAAUACCAGGAGAUGAUUCUAGACUUAGAAAAAUCAGUGAAAUUGCAACAGUCCAGAAGUGAAAAGCUUGAGAAAGAUUUAAACAAUACAGCAGAAAAACUUGCCAAAUCAAAUGAAGAGAUACAGAAGCUAACUGAAAAGGUCUCUUCACAGAAAAUAUUGCUUGAGGAGUCUAGGGCUGAAGUAGAGCUGCUAGCCACUGAAAACAUGCAUAAUAAAAAAGAACUUAAAAAGAAAGUGAGCCAAAUAUUAAAUCAAAAGAAGGAGUAUGACAGACAAUUGGAGAUUGGUCUUCAACAGUUGAAAGCAACUUGCCAAAAAGAAUAUUUAAACAUAGAAGAAAAAUACAGUGCCCUUCAACAAGAGAACAAGCGGAUCCAUGAUGAACACCAUAAGCUGCAAGAAGAAUUUGGCAUGAAAGACUCUCAGAACAAGAAUCUACAGGCUAAGCUAAAUGAUGCGUUAGCUAAAUUAGCUGCUUUUGCUAAAUGUAUGUCUUCUCUUCAAAAUGACCAGGACAGAGUCAUUGGUGAAGUGAAAUCAUGGGAAACGCAGUUCAAAGAAGCUAUUGAAAAUAAACAGCAACAGAUAGAGGCUAGCAAUAAAACAAUAGCAUUGCUACAAGAAGCAAUAAAGGCGAAAAUUAUUCAGGUUCAAGAACUGGAGUGCAAAUGUUCUGUACUAGAAGAACCUAAGAGUGGGAUGCAGGCCUCAGUAGAAAGCCACCAUUUCAGUGAACUUUCCAGAAUGAAGGAAGAAAAUGCCAUUCUUCAGAACAUUCAGUGUGAACUAGAAACUGCUCUCCAGUCAAAAGAAAAUUCUCUUCAGGCACUGAUAAAGGAGAAAAAAUCCCUUAACCAUCUCAUAAGAAACAAUGAUGUCAUAGAAAAAGAGAUGGAAGCACUGCAAAAAAAAUUGACGCAAAAAGAACAGGAAGUACAACAGUUUCUUUUGGAAAAAAGUGAACUCCAAGCUGAGUUGCAAAACCAGGUUUCCAUUUGUGAUCAAAUGAAGGCCAUGCUGAAUAAGAAAGAUACAGAAAUUUCUUUUCUUAUUUCAUCCAAGGAUACAGAAAUUUCUGGCUAUCUUGCUGAAAUACAAACUCAGAAUAGACAACAAGUUGCUGAGUGUGAACAACAGUUAAAGGUUCUGCAAAUAGCCAAAAAACAAUCUGAUGAAAUCUGUCAGAAGCUACAGAAUGACCUGAAAGUUGUUCAGAUGAAAGCUGACAAAGCUGUUCAACACAGGGCUGAGAUGGUCAGUGAAAUUGAUGCCUUUAAAAAGUCCAUGUCAUCUCUUCAGUAUAACCGAGAUUCCCUGCUUUCUAAGUUGAAAGAUCUAGAGCGAGAGCAUCAGAUAGUUUUAAGUGAGAAAGAGAGCUUUGUAGCUGACAGUGUGAAUGAAAGCCAAGCUUUGAAACAAGAAAUAAGGAAGCUUCUGAAUCAAAUAGAUGAUCUUCAUUCUGAAAACGCAAUGCUGUUGGCACAACUCACAAAAUAUAGGGAAGACCUGAAUCAAGUUUUAUCUCUGAAAGAUCACCAGUUGAAAGAAUUACUUGCACAAAAAUUGGAAAUCAUUAGGAGUCUUGAACAGGAAAAAACUGAGCUUCAGAAAAAACAGAAAGAAAUGAAGCUGACAGUGGAAGUGCAGGAGGAGAUCAUAGAAUCUCUAAGGUUGGAAAACGAGAAGUUAACAGCAAAAAUUCAUGACUUAGAAAUUAUCAUAGCAUCAAUCAAUAAAAAGAGGUUAGCUUCUGAAUCCAGAGAGGAAUUUCUACCUCAGGAAGGGUACAAAUUUCAUCAGAAGAGAGGACACAUCAUCAGUGAGCAACUUGAAGAAAUACAUGAGAAACAAUUGCAAGUAUUCCAGCAAGUACCUGAUAAAAAUACAGUCAAUUCAGAAGACAGGUGUUACACAACUGUUUCUUCUUCAAAACAUGACGCUUGUUCACUAGAGAAUGAAUCGGCAGAAAAGAGGAUAUUGGAAGUUCAGAGUCAGAAUAAAGAACUGAAGUCUCAAAUAGAGUCUUUCGGAAAAGCUAUGACAGCCCUACAAAGUGACCGGGAUCUGUUAAUUGAGGACUUCAAGGUACUUCAGAGCAGAUACACUUCUGAAAUCAGGUCUGAAAAAAACAGAGCAGACAGACUUGAAAGUGAGCUCAAAGGUAUCAAAUCAAGUGUUUUCAGUUUGCUCAAAGAAAAUACCCUUUUGAGUCAGGCAUCAGAAGAAGCUAAAAACAUUACUCUUGAACAGUUCAUUGAAGAAAUCAAAAACCUGUGCAAGACAUUAAAUACUCAACAUAUUGACGUUAACAGGCUUUCGUCCGAGUGUGAGAAUUAUAGCCAGCAGAUUGAUGCCUUUUCCAAGGCUAUGGCCAGUCUUCAAGAUGAUAGAGACGGUCUUCUGCAGGAACUGAAUAAACUGAGAAUAGUUACUGAAGCAAAACAGGGCAUGAGCUCCAUACCUUCUCUUUACAUAAAUGAGAUUAGUUCUCAUAAAGAUAAUUUGGAGACUCUUCAGAUGGAUAGGGAGAUACUGGCUAAAGAAGGAGCUAGUCCUGCAACAGCUGAGAUAUCAGAUCUAAAAUCCAAAGUUUAUGACCUUGAGAGAGACUUGAACCAGACAAAAGUUUUUCAAGAAGAAUCUGUGAAAGAAAGAAUCUCAUACCAAAGUGAAUUAAUUGGAUUACGGAGGGAAAAAAAUCUUCUACUGACAGAAUCUCGUGCACUUCAAAAUAAGUUCCGGGCAACUAUCGCAGAGAAAGACAGACAGAUUGCAGAACUGCAGAGAGUACACUGUGAAAUGGUAUCUCAGGGAUCUGGCUCUUCUGGCAGUGUUCAGUCAACCAAGGUAAUGCAGUUGGUUGAAGAAAAUGCUGUAUUGUCUGCCCAGCUGAAAAUGGUGUCCCAGGCUUUGCAGGAUAACCAGCUCUGUUACACUGAUCUGCAGAAUCGUUACUUGCAGCUUGAAAGGGAAUAUCAAACACAAAUUUCUGCUCAGGGUACUUCUGAGGGUGAAGCUCAAGCAGAAGUUCCCCCAGGAGCUCCCCAGGAGAAAGCUGCUGUCCUUGUUGAAAUAGAUAAUGUGGAACUUAGUGAUCUCAGGAAAAGGCUUGCAGAGAUGGAGUUGCAACAUGAUUCCAUGCAACAAACUAUGUCACAACUCAUGGAAACGCUCUCAGAAGAGAGGAAAAGGCGACAAGCUGCAGAAGAACACCUUGAGCUCUCUGAGAGCCAACUUAAAAGGCUUGAAAUAGGUAGUUUUAGGUCCUUACCUAGAGAAUAUGCCAUUCAGAUGGAGUCCGAUGAGGAAAGAGAUGCUCUGAUCAUCAACACUAGUGAGCAUAUUGUAGUAAGAAAGGUGAAAGGAGGGGCCCUUUCUUUCCAGAGAUGGAUUCGGGGGCGAAGUUUUUACUGCUCCAAGUUGCUGACCUCCAGAGCAAAAUCCCGCUAUCUCUUCCUUAGUUAUUUGGUGAUACUACAUCUUCUUGUUUUCCUCUGUCUAACAGGUGUCUUAUAAAUGCACUGAACUUUAUGGGUGAAUUAUUUUCUUUCUAAAUAAUGGUGUGCCAAUAAUGGUGAGAGAAUGGACUUUUUACAAGCCGCUGUUACGCUAUGCACUGAACACAGUUGUAAAUAUUCUCAGAUAGUGUGUGGCUUUUGAACGUCUUAUUUAAGAAGUAGUUUUAAAUGUACAUCACAGUUUCUCCAAAGUUGAGUUGAAUUGUUGUUUAACAAUGGAAUAUUAUAUUUGCUAAAGAAAAAUAUACUGUUAUCCAAACACACUACUAAGAACAUGCUGCAAUUCGGGGUGUUUCAUAUUCUUUGGGAAUAUAUAAUGAGUGCUGGAUGGGCUGUAAAUGCUAUCUUUUCUAUAUAAAUUUUAUUUUAGCAGAGUUGAAUUAUAAAUUUGAAAAAAAAUAUCUUCUCUUGGGUCUCUUGUCUUCUUGAUUAUAACAAGAAGCCUACAUAGUGCAAUACAGGGAGAAAAGAUGGAAUCAUUCUUGGUUUCUUACCUUUAAAUAAAAUCUAAA